UAUCAACUAUGCUGCUUCAGUCAGACAGAAGCAGUGCAGUGAGAAAGUUACAAUGUGGAGGAUUACAAACAUAUGCGCAUUAGUGCUCAUUUCGGUAUGCGUAGUUCAUUGCGAGGACCACCAAAAACCCUAUAUAGGAAAGCGUUCGGCUGAAGAAUAUCCUUCGGAAGGACUACAUUUUGAACAAUACAAACGUUCACUUCCUGAGAUAAACUCUGAAGAUCACUAUCCGGAGCAAGGGUCGAUGUACAAACGUUAUGCUCAGAGGGAUCCCUCGACAAGAUUGCGAUUCGGGCAAGCCAAGCGUUCGCUUACUGUAGCAGGGGAUCCAACGGGUUACCUACGAUACGGGCGAUCGAUUCCUGAAUCAGAUUUGGCUGAUGAUCAAUCACCAAAAAUAAUGAUGGGGAAACGUUAUGCUCAGAGGGAUCCCUCGACUAGACUGCGAUACGGGCAAGCCAAACGUUCGCUUACUGUAGCAGGGGAUCCGACGGGUUACUUACGAUACGGGCGAUCGAUUUCUGAAUCAGAUUCGGCUGAUGAUCAAUCACCAAAAAUAAUGAUGGGGAAACGUUAUGCUCAGAGGGAUCCCACGACAAGACUGCGAUACGGCCAAGCCAAGCGUUCGCUUACUGUAGCAGGGGAUCCGACGGGUUACUUACGAUACGGGCGAUCAAUUUCUGAAUCAGAUUUGGCUGAUGAUCAAUCACAACAAAUGAUGAUGGAGAAACGUUCUGCUCAGAGGUCUCCUUCGGAAAGAUUGCGAUUCGGACAAGCCAAACGAUCACUUGCUGAACCGGAAUAUGAUGAAAACUAGUUCUUAACUAAACAUAGAUUCGAUCUCGUUAUGACCAAAUGGUCGAAAUUAGAUUAUAGUGGAUGGGAUUAAUUAAACAAAGAAUACGCUAGCGACAAAUCCAGCGUUUGCAAUUAAUAGCAAUUCAUGAAGGAUAAACGUUACAAACGUAUGAUCCAUCAUACAACAGCUAGAUAGCCAUAAAUAUUGACAACGGAGAAGACAUUUUAGUUCUAGAUUUGAAAUAUCAUCAAUAAAGGUCUUUCCUUCACAAAUACAA